AGAAGGGGAAGGUAUGAAGCGUUUAGAGGAGAUUUGCUGUGAAAUGUAUCGGAUUUAAAGGAGGAAAACACAAUUUAAUGAAGAACUUUGUAAACUCAGCAAGAGGAGAACAUGCUACAGAACGACGCUUUACAUUAUGUUGACCUGGAGAACACAGGAGAGGCGCUCAUCGAGCUCAUUGAGAGCAGUAAAGCUGAAGAUGCUCUGAGGGCAGCGAGGAACAAGCAGCAAGCUCUGUUUGACCACCACACAGAGGCCAAGAGGACGGUCACUCACCUCUUAAACAGCCUGGUGCAGUCUGAGGAGUUUGUAGGCCAUAAGCUUCUGGGCAUGGAGAGUCAGAAGAGUCAGAUGAUGCGAGAGCUGGAGAGUGUGGAGCAGGAGGUGCAGCUGAGUCUGAGGAAGAGCCACACGCUGGACUCAGAGAUACAAUUCCUACAGAAUGAGCUGCAGAGACUUAAGGAGAACGAGCAGGAAAUACAAACUCUCCAACAGGAAGUGGAUGAGGACACCACAGAAGUCAUUCCCUCAGCCAUAUACUUGGCUCAACUCUACUUUAAAGUUACCAAAAUCAAACUGGAGCUGAACACAGAACCACACAUACUGCGGGGAGCCCAUUAUGGUACAAAUCUGGCAACCCCCAUCAACAUAGACACAUCAACCCGUUCUCCAUGUGAGGUCAGUGAUGAGCUGUGGAGCCUGGUCAGCACGGACUGGUAGAACUUCACUGGACCAUUGGAGAAUCCUUGAUUUUCUGUCCUUUAGCAAAUUUCUUUCUUUUUUUCUAAAUAUGUGUUGUAUAUAAUAGCCUGAAAUGUAUGAUAGUACUGUGUAUGUAUGUUUGUGUUAUUCCUUUCAGACUUUAUGAUAAUUAUAUCCCUAAUAUCGCCAUUAUCUUAUGGACAGUUGCAUUUAUAUGACUUUCCUUCUCUUUAAAUUGCACAUUUUAAUGUUCUGUCUUUUGUAUUACUGCUGUUAAAUAUUAAAAUGUUAAAACAGGCAUGCUGGUGAUUGGUGUGUGAGUGUGGCCCAUUAAACCCACCACAAAUGUUCUGCCGCCCACAAAAAUUGAUUGACCAUUUUAAAUCGGAAUAAAUACAGCAAUACAAUACAACCAA